AUGCCAGCCCGAUUUCGGACUAAACAAGGACGCCGCCGGGCUGCAAUUGUGGUCGGAGAUAGAGUGAAAGUGGAAAUAAUUUUAGGCGAUUUAAGCAAAGGACAAAUCAUUUUUACAAUGAAAAAAAAAAAUAAUCAGAUAAAAAUUACUGUUUACGGUUAUGAUGUGGAAACCACGGAAGAAGCAACUCGUUUGAUGACAGAAAAAAUUUCGCAAUUGAAAUUAAAUUUUAGCGCCUACUGGGGUCGAUUAGAAGUGGGAAAGUUACUUCGCAGCCAAAAAAAGCGGGAAGAACAACUCAAAAUUAAAGAAAAAAAGUUACAAACCGCCAUUAAGCAAUUGCUCGGCAAACGUGAAAAAUUACAACAAGAAGAAAAAAGAAUAAACGAAUUUACUAAGCAAUUAUUCCGGAAAGAGGAACUGUUUACUCAACAAUUAGCAUUAAGUUCUCACAAAGAAAAAACUAUCCGCGAGGAAAUGGAAAAGGUUAAGGAAAUAAGAGAGAGAGCAAUAGGGCAUUUAGAAAAAAUAAUUCCGUUAAGCAAAGAGGAAGCUAAAAAAGAUCUCUUAAUUUUGUUAAGAGCCGAAGAAGAAAAAAUUAGGCAGAGCGAAAGGAUAGCCAAAGAAGAGAGCGCGAAAAUUAUUUGUCAAGCCCUAGAAAAAUGUAGUUCAGAGUUGGUUUUAACCAAAACUACCGACGCUUUACGAGUAGAAAGCCCCCAAAUAAUCAGCAAAAUCAUCGGUAAGGAUGGGCGAAAUAUCAAUGCCUUUCAUCGCAUUACUGGCACUGAGUUGAUUAUUGACAAAGAAAGUGACGAAUUGACUAUUCAAAUUUCCUCUUUUAACUCUUUGCGUCGGGCUAUCGGCUUGCAAACCCUCCGCAAUCUAAUUAAAGAGGUCAAAUUCUCCCCUCUCCACAUUGAAAAAAUUUACCAAGAAGUAAGUACUAAAAUCGAUGAACUCAUUAUCAAAACCGGAAACGAGGUUGUGGAAGAAUUGGGAUUGAGUGAUGUUCACCCUGAAAUAAUUAAGCAUUUAGGUAAAUUAAAAUAUCGCACCAGUUAUGGUCAGAAUGUGCUGGAACAUUGUCUGGAAGUAGCCAAAUUAGCCGGCAGUAUUGCGGCAGAAUUAGAUUUGGACGUUCUUUUAGCUCGACGGGCUGGACUUUUCCACGAUAUCGGCAAAGCAGUGGAGGACGGCGGUAAUUAUUCACACGUCCGUAGUGGCAUCAGUUUAGCCAAAAAGUUUCAGGAACCGGAGAUAGUUAUUAAUGCCAUUGCUUCUCAUCACCGGGACUUUCCCCCUACUAAUCUCUAUUCUUUAAUCGUUUUAGCCGCAGAUAAGUUGUCCGCAGCUCGUCCAGGUGUUCGGGGUUAUCAGUCCGAGGCUUACAUCGAGCGGAUGAAUAGUUUAGAAAAUAUUGCUAAUAAUUUUCCGGGCAUCAAAAAAAGUUAUGCUUUUCAGGCUGGUCGCGAA